CUAAAUGCAUCAUUCCCUCAUUAUUACCAUGCUCUCCUCCACCACCACCUUCCUCCUCUUCUUAACUAUCAUCACCGCAACCGCCACCACAACAUCUCCCUCCGAUAUAUCUGCCUUAAAAGCAAUAAAAUCCUUAAUCAAUCCCAACUCAAUCCCAUCAUACUCUUGUUUGGCCUCAUGGAACUUCACCUCAGACCCUUGCCAAAACCCACACAUCACACAUUUCCUUUGUGGCCUUUCUUGCUCUGAAUUCCGAAUCACCCAACUCACAUUCGACCGAGCCGGUUACACGGGCUCCCUCUCCCCAUCCAUUUCCCAACUCACCCAACUCAUCACUAUCGAUUUAUCAGAUAACAAACUUUCCGGCCCAAUCCCAAUUUCCCUAUUCUCCCUCCCAAAUCUCCAAACUCUCAACCUUCGUUCUAAUUUAUUCUCGGGCCCCAUCCCACCUUCCAUUUCAAAUCUUAAAUCAAUCCAAACAAUCGACAUUUCUCACAACUCCUUAACCAUGUCCAUCCCAGACACAUUUCAUUCCUUACUAGCAUUAACUCGACUCGAUCUAAGUUUCAACGGGCUCACGGGCCCAAUCCCUUCCCUCCCGAUAAACAUUAUAGAACUUGCGAUCAAAUCAAAUUCAUUAUCAGGCGAUUUAACAAAAUUAUCCUAUACCAUAACCGAAAAUCUUGAAGUAAUCGAACUAAGCAACAACUCCUUAACGGGAACAAUACCAAAUUGGUUUUUUCUCCAACCAUCUUUACAACAAGUAAACCUUGCUUAUAAUAAAUUCACAAAUUUAAAUAUCCCAAAACCAGUCGAAAGCAAUUUAAUUGCUAUCGACCUAGGAUAUAACAAUAUUGUUGGGAACUUAUCGCCCAACUUUUCAACCUACCCAUUACUCUCUUCACUUUCGCUUAGCUACAACAAAUUACACGGACCGAUUCCAGCUGAAUUCGCGAAAGUAAGGCGGUUAUUUUUGGAUGGAAAUUACUUAAGUGGGCUUCCACCACAAGAGUUUUUUACCGCAAAAUCGAUGGUUUCCGGGAGCUUAGGUGACAAUUGUUUGAAAAUGUGUCCAAUAUCUUCGCAACUUUGUGUAAAGUCGCAAAAGCCAUCAUCGAUCUGUCAGAAAUCACAAUAUGUUGUUGGUGGUGGGAAAGCGAAACCAAAGUCAUAGUGUCAGAAUGUCAGUCCAUGUUUUCUGUUUGUUUGUUAGUACAAUAUAAUUAUUAGUAAAGUAAUAUAUUGAUUUUUAGCAAUGUUUAGAUAUUAAUAACUUUUAUGUGUCACACAUUCACACGUCUAUGUUAUUGUAUUACACAGAUAUACUUUAUUAAUCUUAUUUUGACAAAAUUAUAUA